GCGCGCGGCCCGCGCAUGCGCGGCAGGGAGGAGGGCGCCGCCGGCAUGUGGCGGCUGGCGCGGGCGGGCGCGCGGGCCCCGCCGGCCCUGGCGGCGGCGGCGGCGGCGGGAGCGGGGCUGGGAACGGGAGCGGGAACGGGCACGGGCGGCUCCGAGGGCUGGUACGAGUGGGCGGCGCGAUCCGCGCCCGUGCACUGGGCCGAGAGCGGGCUGGCGGCGCUGCAGGAAGCCACCGGGCUGCCGUGCUGGGCCGCCAUCGCCGGCGGGGCCGCCGUGCUCCGGACCGCCGUCACCCUGCCGCUGGCCGCGCAGCAGGGCCGGCUCCUGGCCAAGCUGGAAAACCUGCAGCCUGAGAUUAAGGAACUUGCGCAGCGCCUUCGCCAUGAGGUUUCAGUGCGUGGAAAGCAGCUGGGGUGGUCUGAAAAGGUGGCCAGGUUCCACUUCGCCAGGAACAUGCGGAGGAUCGUGGCGGAGCUGUACGUGCGGGACAACUGCCACCCCUUCAAGGCCACCGUGCUGCUGUGGGUGCAGGUGCCCCUGUGGGUCUGCGUGUCCCUGGCUCUGCGCAACUGCAGCGUCGGCGCCCUGGGCCCUGCAGUACAAGAGCAGUUUUCCUCAGGAGGAGCACUGUGGUUUACAGACCUCACGGCACCUGAUUCCACGUGGAUUUUGCCAGUUUCCCUGGGGCUGGUGAAUUUGCUGGUGGUGGAGAUCUUUGCUUCCCAGAGGAAGAUGCCACUUUCCCGGUUCCAGAAGCUUGUGACGCACUUCUUCCGCGCGGUGUCCGUGGUGAUGGUGCCCAUUGCUGCCACAGUGCCCUCCUCCAUGGCGCUGUACUGGCUGUCCUCGAGCCUGGUGGGACUGUGCCACAACCUGCUGCUGCGCUCCCCCGCCUUCCGCCGGCUCUGCUGCAUCCCACCGACCAGAUCCGACUCGGACACUCCCUACAGGGACAUCGUGGCUGCCUUGGCCGCCAGAUACAGCUUCGGGAGACAGCCCCGCUGAGCUCCAGGAGAGCUGCCUCAGGAGUGCAGCAGUGCUCUUUCACUGAGAUGUGCUUCUUCGCUGUGUAUUUAUUUUGAAAUAAAACGCUGGCUGGCCAUCAACAAGGAUUGGUCAGCAAAAAUGUGUCUUUA